AUGUUAGUCAAAACCAACUUCUUAGAUCCUGAUAAGUUCAAGAACAUGUCAACGGGCGCAGGGCAUCUCGGUAUCGCGCCACGUCUAGUGUACCCAGAAGCAGAACAGCACCAACACUUGACAUCAUUGCCUCGAUCAAUAUCAAUUGCUGAUCUGCAAGCUGGCUCAAAGGCUUCGAUGGAGCAUCCAAGGAAGCGUUUACUCAGGCACGCACCUAGCGUCAGCAGUCUGCGAAGCCCUCAAAAUGUCCCUGAUGUUGUGCAGCAUGUUGUUCCGCAUUCAGAAACACAUCUGGCCACCAAACCCCAGCACUAUCGUCAUGCAACCCUGAAUCCAUCGAAUACACAUAUGCAUGAUGAGAAAAAGCUGAGACGGAAAAUGCACUACAAGUCUUAUCAGGACGUACAUAUUCUCAGCAUGUACCAAGAUAAUGCCUCUGUCAAAAGUACGAGCUCAAGAAACUCGUCAAGGUCUACUGAAUUUGAACUGGAAAAUGGAGCCUCGACAAGCUGUUCCGAGAGUGGUAGUAGUCAAGAGUCCUCGCCUAUGCCGAGAACACCUAUCGACCAGGAGAUGGUAUUCAAAAGUAGUCUGGCGGGUCAAAGGCCGAAGCACAACAAACCGCAUCAUACAAGUGAAAGAUCAGUGCAUGUAAUUGAAUAUCGACAGGAGAAGCAGUAUCUACAGAACCAAGAAGAUGGCGAAAUCAUACCUAUGCAAGCAACUGUGCUUACGGUGCCAGGCAAGCCUAGACUUAUUCAGAUCCACCGACCCCAGCUGUCAAAUUAUCAUCCACGAAGUAUACCAAACAUGCAAGCACCACGACCAAGUACACCCACCAGCAGUCGACCCGAGGUCUCCACCUUCAGUCCAUAUGAUACGCCUAAUUAUGGCACGCCUUUCAGUGAUCUCUCUCGAACCGCGAGCGAAGCUACUCCGACUCCGAAGAUCCAACCAAGACUGAGCAUCAAUACAAACAUGGCGAUGCUUCACCAACACUUUUCCACGCCAUCUUCAGAGCAACCACUCGCAAACAACGUUCAGCAUAGCACAGGUCGACGGUCGGAGAGACAGCUUGCCGAUCCAUUUGGCAGUCUUCUGACACGGACAUCUAGCUUAUACUCCAGUGCCUCCUCGCUGGUGCCGGAAAGGUUACCUCAGUUCGACCGACUUUCCACAAGAGAUGGAAGAUACAGUUCUGAGAGAUCAAUUCCUCAUGGUGUUCAAGUACAAAAUCCGUAUAAUGCGAGAUUGAUAACCGCUAUUUCGUCGACGAGUAAAGCAUUCGAUGUGAUGGUGGCUGGAGGACUCUAUCUCGAAUCUGUCGAGUUGUCACCGUUUCGCGGAACGACCUCACAAAACAAUAGUGACGAUGCUAUACUGCACAACCUUCGCAUCAUAUUUCCGGGGGCUGCACUGUCCUUGUUGUCCACACUUGCUGCAUGGCUUCUUAUUGAUCGGCAUUUCACCCAGCUGCUCGAAUCGUCCAUGCUCAAAGAAACAAAAUAUGUGGAAAACAGAGGCUAUUUCGACCUCGAUAUCGAACCUACCACGAGUCCAAGUUGGUCAAUGCGUGACUCGCAGUCGCAGCGCUCGGAGCCACGAGCAACAAUGACACCACCAUUCUCGUAUCCCGAAUAUGGGAUGUCGAGUCCACCUCAUGCGGCACGUGUACCUAGCAAAGCCAUGUCAGUUCUGGGCAUCCGGACUGAUCCUGCGGGUUGCAAAGCACGUCCAUUCACCAGCGUCAACACGAGGAACAGGGUAACUGAGAAUCCUGUAGAAGAGCAUGCACGCUCAGCGCACAAGAGUGUGCAGACCAUGGGCCGCAAGCUAGUCAAGGAUCUGGUGGCGCUCCCAACGUCACCCGCGAGCAGCAUGAAGCAGAGAAGCGUCAAAGUAAGACGUAUCAGGGGACGGAGCAGUAUUCAAGGGUCGGGCAGCAGCAGCCCUUCGGACGAAGUCAUCGAAGGAGCUGUGGUAGGGCUGUGGGAAGCUUGUCGACGAAUCGCUUCGCUGAUCUAA